AUGUCUAUCUUCCCAUAUAAUUGCGAGAAGUCUGAAAACGGUCGAACACGGCUAUAUCUUUUGGUGCCGGAAGGUUCAAGUUUCAUUGGUGGACGAUUUUUCAUUGUCGAUAAGAAAGGGAGUGUUCAUCAGGAAACAGUUAUUGAGUCCGGUAAUUUUGCUUCCGAGCGAUAUAAUCUGUUUUUGUUGCAAUGCGAUUCAAGUGAGAAUGCUUACAGUAUUGGGAAGGAAGGGAUCCGAAAUCGGCAGCUGAAAAAUACCUAA